AUGGUAUCUUCUUGGUUUAUCAUAUACACCUACUUGCUCGCCGCAGCAGUAGCGGCAACUCCUCCCAACUACAGCGGCUACAAACGCGUCUGGCAUCAAGGCUUUGAGGGUCAAGCAAACACUUUUCCCAGCACAGACACAUGGCAUAUUAUCCAGCGUCAAAAAAACUUCAACAAUGAAGUCCAAGCUUACGUCAAGAGCACCAAUAACUUGCGCAAGACUGGCAAGAACUCCCUCAUGUUGAUUCCCCGGAAAUCCAAUGGCAGAUGGACCUCUGCUCGCAUCGAGAGCAAGUACACUCUCACUCCCAAAGCUGGCAAGGUCACUAGAGUCGAAGCCAAACUCAGACUCGGUGGUAACUCUGCUAGGAGCAAGCAAGGUAUUUGGCCUGCCUUUUGGCUCCUGGGUGAAUCCAUCCGCCGUGGCGUCAAGUGGCCUGCCUGCGGAGAGAUCGAUAUUCUCGAAAACAUCAACGGCGAGAAGAUCGGCUAUGGUGCGGUCCAUUGUGAUAGAACACCUGGAGGAAUCUGCAAUGAGCCUAAUGGUAUCGCGUCCAACAUUGAUGUCCCCGAUAGCAACUUCCACACGUGGCGCGUCCAGUUUGAUCGCCGCAACAGCAACUUCCGAUCACAAAAGAUUACCUGGUACCGUGAUGGCAACGUCUUUCAUCGCGUUACAGGUGCGGAGAUCGGAAACUUAAACACAUGGAAGACACUUUGCCAAAGUCCCUUGUUUAUCAUUUUCAACGUCGCCGUUGGUGGAGACUGGCCUGGCUGGCCCAACAGCAACACCAAGGAUGGAAUUGGAAACCACAUGGAGGUCGCCUAUGUGGCUCACUACGUCUCAAAGUAG